CCGCGCCGCCCCUUCCGGCCCGCCCGAGGCCGCCAUGCAGGCUGCGCCGCGCCUCGCCUUCGGGGUCAUCGCUGACAUCCAGUUCGCCGACGCGGAGGACGGGUACGACUUCGGGGGCUGCCGGCGACGCUACUACCGGCACAGCCUGCGCUUGCUGCGGGAGGCGGUGUGGGAGUGGGCCGCCGAGAGCCCGCCGAUAAACUUCGUGCUGCAGCUGGGCGACAGCAUCGACGGGCAGAACGCCCGGCGCGGCGAGGCCGAGAGCGCCUUGCAGCAGGUGCUGGAGGUGCUGGGGCAGCUCUCGGUGCCCGUGCACCACGCGUGGGGCAACCACGAGCUCUACAACUUCAGCCGGGCGCGGCUGGUGCACACCGGGCUGUACAGCCGGCCCGCGGGGGGCUCGGACGGGCCCGCGGACAGGGAGUGCCACGCGUAUCACUGCAGCCUUGCCCCGCGGCUCCGCCUCGUCGUGCUCGACAGCUACGACGCCAGCACCCUGGGCGUGGACCCCGGCAGCCCCCGCUACCAGGAGUCCCUGCGGGUGCUGCGGGAGAAGAACACCAACGAUGAUCUCAACAACCCCGAAGGGCUCAAAGAACCUCAUUUUGUAGCAUUUAAUGGAGGAUUUAGCCAAGCCCAGCUGGACUGGUUCGAUGAAGUCCUCAAGUUCUCUGAUGAAAACCAAGAAAAAGUUAUAGUUAUGGCUCACGUGCCCAUCCAUCCCUGUGCUUCCAAUGGGGUUUGUCUGGCGUGGAAUUACGAGGCUGCCCUGUCAGUGAUACACAGACACAGGUGUGUGGUCUGUGUGCUCGCAGGGCACCUGCACGACGGCGCCUACUGCCAGGACCUGCACGGAGUUCAUCACCUCACCCUGGAGGGGCUCAUCGAGACCCCCCCCGACAGCAACGCCUUUGCCACUGUUCAUGUCUAUGAAGAUAAAAUGGUGCUGAAGGGAAGGGGCAGAAUUCCUGACAGAGUUAUGCACUUCUGAAAUACCAGGCAAAGACACUGUUCUUCUGCAGGAAGGACUCGGAUGAAAAAUGGACACAAAUGUAGGAGAUUCAGCUGUUUGCUUUUAGAAAGCUGUGCAUGGCUGAUCCUUAUUGCUUUAGGUCAGGCUUUCUUCUCUUGGAUACAGAAUUUUAGAAACUGUGUUUCUGUAAGAGAGCACCUGACUUCUUUUUGGAGAAUAGAGAAGGACAGUAAUUUAAAUUAAUAUACUGGAAUGCAGAAUGUUGAAUUCCAACACCCAAUCCAGACUGGAUUGCUACUGUGAAAAGAUGCAAACCAUAUAACAAAUAUUGCUCAAAAAAAGCCCUAAUGCUGUUCUCUCAGACUGGAUUGCUACUGUGAAAAGAUGCAAACCAUAUAACAAAUAUUGCUCAAAAAAAGCCCUAGUGCUGUUCUCUCAGACUGAUGCACUGUGAAAGUGCAAACCAUAUAACAAAUAUUGCUCAAAGCCUUCUGUCCUCAUGAGCUUAAAGCAUGCGAGUUGUACUCCUCCAUCUCUAUUUAUUUAUUUUCUGUGAACAUUACAGUAAGAUCUCAUGUCUAGCAGAAUAUAUCCAGCCUGUAGCCUAAUUCAGUCUUCCAAGUUUGCUUUAAAAGACUAAAGUAAUGCUCAGAGAAAGCUGAGACCAUCUGUGCUGCACCAUGGAACGCUGCAGAUGCUCAGGCUGUGCUGUGUGUGCACAGCUGGGAUCACCUGCAGCAGUGCUGAGAGUGAGCUCUGACACCCAUCUAAAUAAAAGGGUUUGUGUGUUACACCUGGAGCUGUCCUGGCUCUGUCCCAGCCAGAUCCUGAGUCCAUUUUAUCCACCUGUGCUUCUUUCUUCAGGAUGAACAGUGGGACAUGCUUGCUGCUGCAGGGCUACUGUGUGGGUCCUGCUUUCCAAAAAAAAUUAGCUGAGCAGCAGAAUUAAUUGGAACAGUGCCCACAUCUGCUGUGACAGACUUGAAUAUGCAUCUCCCAGAAAAUAAAAGAUAUGGAGGCUUUCAUUGA